GUGAUACCGUUUAGUAAAAAGGAGCGCGCUCUAUGCACAUAGUAAGCAUAGAACGCCAGUAAAUGACAAAGCUCUCCCACAACACGGGAUGUGGUCCAUGGGAUGUCCUUCUGUGCGGAAGAAUGGCGCAGUACACCGCGACAGCCAAAAGCUAUAUUGAAACCCCGCUUGCCCGUUCUUCGCUUACUCUGACACGCUUCCGAACCGGAAAAUCUCACCGGAAAUAACGCAAGUUCCUCGCACAGUUUCAGAAGGAGAUGAAACGACUGCGAUUACAAUGUAUCGGUAUCAUCCUUGCUGGAUCCGCCUCUUACGUAGAAUCGGAGACAAUGAUGUACAGCUUUCACCUGGUGUGGGUUGGUUCGUCGUCCGUUCUACUCGUAGCCUCGCUCGCCUUCCUUAAAGGUGUUGGGGAUAAGUUGCCCAAAUUCAUGGUUCCUUGGCUUAUCGUCAUCGUUCCCUACAUCUUGUGGAUCAUAGGCGCUGGAAUCUGGGCUGCACUCUAUUCGAAGGUUAGAUUCGUUACGGCACCUCUAAUAUUCGCCUUUGCAGUCAUCGAGGGCUAUUUCCUGCUGUGCGCGUCUUCCUACUACCGUCUUCUGUUGCGUGAACACCGCUGAAGACAUCAGACCUGUGUCUUAUUUUGCUUCUGAAGGCUCGUUGUGGGAUUCUUCUGAGGGACAUACACUACCGAAGGUUAUGGACAUUGUCAUGGGCAUGACAGAAAGAGGAUAUGACGCCCCUGUACUGAUUCUAUGUGGCAACAGUAAUAAAAGCAUAUAUAUUUGUUGUGA